CUCCCAAGGUUUCGGAGGCGGCGGCUGCGACGCCAUGUCCGCCUCGCUGUGGGCCCCGCUCUGGCGCCGGCCCGCCCCGGCCCGCCGUGCCGCGCUCUUCCGUUCGCCCGCCCACCGGCAGACACGAUGGCGAGAGCGCCGAACUACUCAACAGCCGCCCGUGGGGCAGGGCUUCCCGCCACGGUAUCCCAGCGAUACGCUCUGCCUGUCCUCUGCAGAAGCCUGUGCCGAGUCCGGAGGCACAUCCGGGAGAGGGGGCGAGGCUCCGCGUGGAGCUGCUGUGAGAAUUAUCCAUCAUGUCUUCACUAACAGAAAAGGACAGAGCGAUUGUUCAACUGUUACUGAACACUGGUACUUGCCCUCGGUGUAUUUUGAGGUUCUGCCGUGUGGGAUCACAGACACUUUACAGACGUGCAUACAAGAAUUUGAUGAAGGAUUUAGAAGAAUUUCUGAGAAAUAACCAAGAGAAAGAAGAUAGGGUUUGUUUUGAUGUAGUUGAUCCACCGUGUAAGAGAAUCAGACUUGAAAACACGGAAGGGCCUGACGACUCGAACCACAAUGGAGCCUUCCAGCAGGUUCCUGUGGCUAAUGAUGAAAAUACUGCAGUGGAGAACUCACCUAUGAAGGUUUGCAAUGUCUGCUUGGGAAUUCUGCAGGAGUUCUGUGAGGCUGACUUUGUCAAAAAGGUAUGCCAGAAGGUUAAUUCUGCCAACUACCAAUUCACUGGUUUUGUGUUUUCUGUGUCACUACCACCACAGCUGUCUGUUAGGGAGCAUGCUGCUUGGCUGCUGGUAAAACAGGAAAUGGGAAAUCUGGGCCUUUCCUUGUCAAAGGAUGACAUUGUUCAGCUGAAAGAAGCUUAUAAGUGGAUUAUUCAUCCUCAGCUGUCAGAAGAGUUGGGUGUUCCUGCUGAUGGAAAGAGUUUGUUUGAAGUUAGCGUGGUCUUUGCUCACCCUGAAACAGAUGAGGAGUGCCAUUUCCUAGCUACAGCCUGUCGAGACUGUUUCAAGCCAGCGAAGAACAAACAGUCUGUUUUCACCAGAAUGGCAGUUUUAAAAGCCCUAGAGAAGAUAAAAGAAGAGGAUUUUCUCAAACAUUUUCCAUGUCCUCCAAGUUCACCAAGGAACUUCUGUGAUGUGCUGGAAAUUCAGUGCAGUAACGGUGCAGUUUUUGUGGCUGGAAGAUACAACAAAUAUUCAAGGAAUUUACCUCAGACUCCCUGGAUUAUUGAUGGGGAGCGGAAGCUGGACUCUUCAGUGGAAGAACUGAUUUCAGAGCAUCUAAUGGCAGAAUUCAAAGCAGAUAGCUUUAAUUUUUCUUCCUCUGGAAGAGAAGAUGUGGAUGUGAGAACAUUAGGCAAUGGAAGGCCCUUUGCAAUUGAGCUUGUGAAUCCUCAUAGAAUACAUUUCACUGCAGAGGAAAUGAAGGGACUUCAGCAGACAAUUAAUAAUUCUUCAGACAAAAUACAGGUUCGAGAUUUACAGCUUGUCACCAGAGAGGCCAUUGGUCGUAUGAAGGAAGGUGAGGAGGAAAAAACGAAGACCUAUAGUGCCUUAAUUUGGAUAGACAAAGCAAUACAGAAAGAAGAUAUUGCAUUUCUAGAUGAUAUCAAGGAAUUAAAACUUGACCAGAAGACCCCUCUCCGGGUUCUUCACAGGAGGCCGCUGGCUGUAAGAUGUCGGAUCAUUCACACCAUGAAAGCCGAGUACAUAGACGAGCAUCAUUUCCGCCUGCACCUGAAGACACAGGCAGGGACCUAUAUUAAAGAGUUUGUGCAUGGAGACUUUGGAAGAACAAAGCCCAAUAUUGGCUCCCUUCUGAACAGAACUGCUGACAUUCUGGAGCUGGAUGUAGAAUCUGUUGAUGUUGACUGGCCUCCAACUUUGGAUAAUUAACUUUUCAAGUCGGGACAAGGAAAAAGCAGCUCCUCUGGCAGCAGCUGGUUACUGAACAUUGUACAGGACACAAUUUGCGUGCAGAGUAUUUCCACUGAACAUUUGGAUCAUGUUGAUCUGCCAAAGGAUACCGUUCAUUUUGAAACCACCUCAGAUGCUCUGGACCAGGUAGUAUUCAGUCAGAUUCUAGCCUUAUUUUCAUUUGUUAUAUCCUUAAAAAGAUUUUCAGUAAGAUUGUUGUGUUUUUUUAAAAAGCAAUUAGAAGAAAGAGGAUGGGUGCAAUGUAGAUGUGGUGUAGUGAGCAAGGACAUCAGAUAAAAUAAAGCAUUUUACACUUUC